GGCCAGACCAUCUACGGCAUAUGAUUUAGACGAGAUACCUUAUCGCGACAGUGACCACUAUUCAACAUAUGGGGACGCAGGACAUCUUUUCACGGAGGCACAACCAGCCCGACCGCUAGACACAUUUCUGUCGCCGCCAACAUGGCUCGUCCGCGUCGAACAUCGGGCGCCUCAGACAACAGUUCGGUGCUCGACCAGAAUCAGGAACUAGGAAGCAUGUACGACUACCUAGCGAAAGUCGUUCUCCUAGGUCCCUCCGGCACCGGCAAAUCAUGCCUCCUCCAUCGCUUCGUCAAACAAGAAUGGCGCGUCCUCUCCUCCCAAACCAUCGGCGUCGAGUUCUCCUCCAAAAUUGUCAAGAUCGGGUCGGGCACAAGUCGCAGACGCAUCAAGUUACAACUGUGGGACACCGCGGGCACAGAACGCUUCCGGUCGGUUUCUCGGUCGUACUACCGCGGCGCCGCCGGCGCAAUCCUAGUCUACGAUGUUGCCAGUCUAUCCUCCUUCAACGCCCUACCAACAUUCCUAAGCGACGCAAGAGCCCUAGCGAGCCCGAACCUCACAGUCAUUCUGGCAGGAAACAAAUCGGAUCUCACGGACGGGAGCAGGACCCAAACACAGACACAAGCCAUGCAUAUGAACGGCGGCCCAACACAAUCUUAUACCGAACAACCGUUACCCCCGUCCGCCUCCAGCGCCUCAAGUAGAACAUCGUACCUCCCCUACGACGGCGGCGGUGGUGGAAGCAGCACAACCCGCUCACGCGGCUCCUCUAUCAUCCUCAAUUCCAAUAAAUGGACCGCAACCACCGCCGAAGGCCGCGAAGUCAACCCCGACCUAGUCUCGCGCUGGGCUUCCCAAGCCCGCGUCCCUGUCACGAUGGAAGUCUCGGCUUUCACAGGCGAGAAUGUCGAUGACCUAUUCAAUCGCCUAGCCAGCAUGAUCCUGACGAAGAUCGAGCUCGGCGAGAUCGACCCGGACGAUCCAGCCAGUGGGAUUCAAUAUGGCGAUAGUUACGCCUGGGACGGCUCCAGUAUACGGUCCGGAACUACUGUUGACGACGGUGGUGGUGGCACAAUGAGACGCCGGAAGAAACGUGGUGCAGGGAGGAACGGUGUAUUGAGUGGUCUGAGCGAGUGGGAGGAUGUAUUUCGACGACCUCCAUCAAAAGGUGGACGGCGGUGUUGCUAGAUGCUUCAGCGUGGAUUGGCGAUUUUUUAUGUGUAGCGUGCGGGAUUUGUGUCUCGUUUUGGUUCCGGGCAACUACAAGGGCGCAAAGCAAGCGGGAGAAGUACUUCAACGAAUUUCUCAUGAGAAUUAUAGCCUCUCGCCCCGGUGUGCUGGUUCUCGCUGCUGGA